AUGACAGAAAUAAACUCAUAUGAAACGAUUAUAAUGAUUCUAAAAAAUCUGAGCAAUCCAAAGUUUGCUUCAUAAUACGAGUAACAACUUAAUCGCCUCCCUUUCUUUAGCUUUUAUAAAUAGGUUUUAAAAACAAAUACAUUCACAUAAAGUGCGUCUAAAUAUAUGCAACUUCUAUAUUUGAAAAAAGGAUAAGUCUAUAAGCAUCCGACUGACUCAAUUGAAAGUGUAAUAAUAUUGCUUGAAGGGACCUUGUCUUUGAUUAAAAAUGAUCAAAAGAAACAAAUACUUGUAAAGAAAGUAAAACCACCAGAUCAUCUAUUUUAAGCAGAAAUCUAUAAGAAGACUGCCUAUUCAAAACAUAAAAUAAUUGCCCUCACAGAUUGCUCAGCUAUUUCAUUAAGCUUUAUUUCAAUUCAUGAAAUAUCGGUUUAUGGAUUUUAAUUUGUUAAGCAUAGGGAAGAGGUAGAUUAUUUUAGAACGUAAUAUCCAGAUAUUAAACCAAUUGAAUUUAUACCAUUUAUAAAGCAAUUGAGGAAAGAGAAUUUUAUGAAUAAUGUUACAAUAUAUUCAUCCAAUCAAAUUGCCAAUAAAGUGUAUUUCAUCAUCUCUGGGGAAGUGGAAAUUUAUGGUGAAAAUGAGGAUGGUAAACUCUAAAGAAUAGCAAUUGCUUGUGAAAAUGACAGUUUUGGUGAAGAAGCAUUAUCAAGUUCUGUUCCUAGACUAUACAAAUAUACAGCUAAGACUUAGUAUUUUAAGAAAACUACAGCUUUUGCAUUUGAAAUUGAUGAUUACUGCCACACUUAUGCCCCGAAUCUAAUUAAGAAAAUAGAAGAUAAGAUGAAACUCAAAGAACAGCUUAUUCUGUAAAAAUUCAAAUAAACUCAAACUCAAACAAGCACUUUGCCAAUUAUAAUUAAUGGGUCUAUUAAAAAACCUUUUUAUUAGUACAUUCCUAAAUUUAUUAGAUUCUUAAACAUGGCAUCACCUGCAUCAAUGGCGUAAUCGAUAAAAAUGAAUAGAGCUCAAAGUCUUGAUGAAUAAGGGUUGCUCAACUUCAUGGAACUUCACAGUCCAGACAACCAUCAGAUGAGACUAUUUGAAUCACAAGUGAUUAGACCAUUAAUCAAAUAAUAACAAUAUGACGAGAGUGCUAAUCAAUCGAGAGAUAGAACGAAAUCUGGGGAAUUGUAGAAAUUUUGGAAUCUUAGUUCAGAGUCUAAAAAGUUGCCUCAAAUUAAAUAACAUUGA